AUGUCUGGCACUGAUAAAAUGGGGGAAACGGUGUAUGAGCUUCAGGAUUACAACGGAGCGAUAGAAGAGGGGGAUUUGUCGUCGAACAAUUCGAGUUCGCAAGGCAAAGCAUACAGGCGGAAGCACUCGUUUGUAACAGGCAAGGCAGACAGCUCGAGCAAUGGGGCGUCCAAGAUAGAUCUGUACGGCUCGCCGGAGCCGGAAAAUGGCAGUGUGUCACCGCUGAGUGAGCUAGAGGGCGAUGACGGAAACCUGGAGGAAGGAAAGGUGACGAAUGCGGAGGUCAAGAGAGAGCUGAAGCAGAGACACAUCGGGAUGAUCGCGCUGGGUGGUACUAUCGGCACCGGUCUCUUCAUUGGUAUCAGCGCUCCGCUGGAGAACGCGGGCCCGGUUGGUUCCUUGAUCGCGUACAUGUUUAUGGGUACAAUUGCGUACUCGGUGGUACAGUCUUUAGGAGAAAUGGCGACGUUCAUACCGGUUACUUCAUCGUUCACUGUAUUCUCGUACAGGUUUCUGUCGCCGGCUUUCGGAGCGGCAAAUGGUUACAUGUACUGGUUUUCUUGGGCUAUUACAUUUGCAUUGGAGCUGUCAGUUGUGGGGCAAAUCAUAGAUUUCUGGACUAGUGCUGUGCCAAUGGCUGCGUGGAUCAGUAUAUUUUGGGUGCUCCUUACAUUCAUGAACAUGUUUCCGGUCAAAUACUAUGGUGAAUUUGAAUUUUGGAUUGCAUUUAUCAAAGUCAUUGCAAUUGUCGGAUUUAUCAUUUUCGGUCUUUGUAUUGUGUGUGGGGCUGGCGUUACUGGUCCAAUCGGUUUCCGUUACUGGAGGAAUCCAGGUCCUUGGGGGCCAGGUAUUAUCUCCUCCGAGAAAAGUGAAGGGAGAUUUUUAGGCUGGGUCUCUUCUCUUAUCAAUGCUGCAUUUACUUAUCAAGGUACGGAAUUGGUUGGUAUCACGGCAGGUGAGGCUGCCAACCCAAGAAAAUCCGUUCCAAGAGCCAUCAAGAAAGUUAUUUUUCGAAUUUUAUUCUUUUACAUUCUUUCCCUAUUCUUCGUUGGUCUAUUAGUACCUUUUAAUGACCCAAAAUUGGAUAGCGAUCAAUACGCAUCAGCAUCUCCUUUUAUUAUCGCAAUUCAAAACUCUGGAACCCCAGUUUUGCCUCAUAUUUUCAAUGCUGUUAUUUUAAGUACCAUCAUUUCCGCUGGUAAUUCAAACAUUUAUAUUGGAUCUCGUAUCAUGCUGGGACUUGCGAAAAAUGGUCUAGCGCCAAAAAUCUUCAACAGAGUUAACAGACACGGUGUUCCAUACGUUGCAGUGGUUUUUACAGCAUUAUUUGGUGCUCUAGCAUAUAUGGAAACUACUACUGGUGGUGAGAAUGCAUUCAACUGGCUGUUAAAUAUUACCGCCAUUGCGGGCUUUUUCGCAUGGCUUUUCAUUUCCUUUUGCCAUGUUAGAUUUAUGCAAGCACUGAAGUUCCAAGGUAUUUCUCGAGACGAUUUGCCCUACAAAGCACAUUUCAUGCCUUAUUUGGCCUACUACGCAAUAUUCUUCAUGGUCAUUAUUAUUAUCAUUCAAGGUUUUACUUCUUUUGCACCAGUCUUCUCAGGUGUGGAUUUCGUAGCCGCAUAUAUUUCGGUUUUCCUUUUCAUAUUCGUUUGGGUCUUAUUUCAAAUAAUUUACAGGUGUAGAUUUAUCAGAAGGAUUGAGGACGUCGAUAUCGAUACGGAUAGAAGAGAUAUUGAAGCCGUCAUCUGGGAUGAACCUGGUCCAAAAACGUUUUGGGACAAAUUUUGGAACGUUGUAGCAUAG